UCUGUCAACCUGUUGCUCAGGUACUGCUUGUGACUGCCAACAUUUCUUGCUUAGAAUGGAGAGUACAGCACAGACGAUCCAAGAGUAUCCAGUUUUCCUGCUGUCUGUCCGAAUAAUAAAAGCCAUUAAUAUCGCCUCUAGAGAUCCAUUGUCUGCAUCUGAUUGCUAUGUGACCUUGAGUCUGCCAACAGCAUCCCAUGAACAAUUUAGAACCCAAACCAUCAAAAAUUCUGACAAUCCAGUCUGGAAUGAGACUUUCUACUUUAGGAUUCAACCUAAGAUCAAGAACAUCUUAAGGUUGGAGGUCUGCGAUGAUGAUCCAGUCACUGAAGAUGAUUCAAUAUUUAUUAUUUUUUUUGACUUGACAAGAGUCCAGCCUGGAAGAACAGUCCUCGAAUUGUUUUGCUUAAGACCACAGAAAGAAGACAGUGUUUAUAAGCAUGAAUGUCUGGAAGUGGAAUUCAAGUUAGCAGCAAUUCCUGGGCCUCCUGAGCACCUGAUUACCAAUGGGGUCCUUGUGGCCCGUGAACUUUCCAUUUUGGAAGUCAAGGUGGAUAAGGUGGAGAAUGAGAAGCUUUUAAAAGCCGGAAAAAAUCUGGUGCUUACAGUGCCAGAGUCUUAUGAAAGAACACAGAAGACAACAAAAGAUUUACAUUUUUUCCAAUUUCACUGUAUAAGGAGCUGGGAACCUGUAUUAAAAGCCAAGCUUCAGAGUGUUACAUAUACAGGGGACAGUGAUUCCAAUUACCCUUUAAUUCUACCCUUGAAAUGCCUUCAUGUGGGACAACAACAUGAAGUAGUCCUACCAACAAAGAACGGUGGGACUCUGGAAUUGCACCUCCGGGUAACUGGCUGGACUCCGAAUCUUGAUGUGCGUUUGGGAUAUGAGCUGUGUGCUGAGGAACAGGAUUUCCUACACAAAAGGAAGAAGGUGGUUGCAGAUGCCUUGAAUAAGCUUUUUAACCUAAGAAGAAAUCUACUCGAGCAUGAGGUCCCUGUGGUAGCUCUUAUGGCAACAGGAGGUGGAGUCAGAGCGAUGGUAGCAUUUUAUGGUCAUCUGUUAGCACUCCAGAAAUUAAAGAUUUUGGAUUGUGUUACCUAUAUCACCUCUGCUUCUGGAUCAACAUGGACCUUAACGGACUUGUAUAAACAUUCUGACUGGUCACGUAGAUCUUUAGAACUGUCCAUCAAAGAAGCUAAAAACAAGGUCUUGAGGAGCAAAUGGGAUGUUAUUUCCAUCAACCAGCUGAAAUAUUAUCACAAGAUGCUGACUGAGCAUUGUAAGAAUGGACACCUCGUAUCUUUUACAGCUCUCUGGGGCCUUGUUCAAGCAGCUUGCUUAAAUGAUAAACCAAAGAACAGCAAACUUACAGAACAACGCAUAGCUUUGAAUGAAGGGCAGAACCCUUUGCCUAUCUACACAGCCAUAAACGUCAAAGACAAAAAUAUCAGCACCUUUGACUUCAGAGAAUGGAUAGAGUUCAAUCCUUAUGAAGUGGGGUUUCAGAAAUAUGGUACCUACGUUCGUACUGAAGAUUUUGAUAGUGAGUUCUUCAUGGGAAAGCUGGUAAAGAAGUUUCCAGAGUCCCGGAUUUGUUAUCUGGAAGGUAUCUGGACUAAUAUUUUCUCACGGAACUUGCUGGAUGGUUUGUACUGGUCCUCGUCGCCAGAAGAAUUUUGGGAACGAUGGGUCAGAGACAUGGCAGAAAAGUAUGAAGAAAAUACCUUCAGAGAUGGAUACACAACUGUCUAUAAGCCUCCAUGCUCUAGUUCUGGGAAACUUUGUGAAAUUUUUAAUGAUAUUUUGACUGAUCGCCCUUUAAAAGGGGCAGCUUAUAAUUUCCUGAAAGGCUUUGAAUUUGAUGCUGACUAUUUGCAACAGAAAAACUUUGUGGAAUGGAAAGAUACCAUUUUAGAUGGUGCUCCAGGCAAGCUGACGCCAAGUGAAAAAUCCCUCUGUUUAAUAGACGUAGGCUAUUUUCUUAACAACAGCGGCUUACCACUUCUCAGACCUGAAAGGAAUGUAGAUGUCAUUGUCGCACUGGAUUAUGAUUUUUUCAAUAUCUUUAAGCAAACGGAGAUGAUGGCAAAAUAUUGCGAAGUGCAAGGAAUCCCUUUCCCCAAAAUAAACCUGACUGAGGAAGACCGAAAGAACCCCAAGGAGUGCUACGUGUUCUCAGAUGAAGAUAAUCCCAAAGCUCCAGUUGUGAUUUAUUUCCCACUGAUAAACUGCAGCUUCAAAGAAUACAAGGCACCUGGAGAGAAACGCACUCCUGCAGAAAUGAAUGAAGGUGAAUUAAAGAUGAGCAAGGACGGUUCACCUUAUGCAACAACGCACAUAACUUACUGUGCAGAAGAUUUUGACAAGCUGAUAAACUUAGCUACUUAUAACGCCCUCUGUAGCAAAGACCUGAUCCUGCAGGGCAUCGAGAAGGCAAUUCUGAAGAGACGAAGUGUUUGGCUUGAUAGGUCAGUCUAGAGCCUGAUUGACUCCUGGGAUGAGAUGAUAUGAAGAAGUCAUUGUUGUGUCAUACUAUUUUUAUGACCAUCCUGCCAACGUGAGAUAAUGGCUUUCAUAAUGCUUAUUUAUGGAUAUUUUUUGUAAUCCUCUCACUUCGGGUAUGCAUCCAGCGGAGAAGUCAAGGAACUCAAAUUUUUCAGGAGGUGGUAUGUUAAGGGAUUAUUGAUGACACUCAGUCUUCUGAGAUCAUCAAGCCAGUAUUACAAUAUGGUGCUGAAAUGCUAUUAAAGAAGAGUGUACUUGAUAGACUGAUAACUGAGGGAAUCUUGGCUCAACCACCCUCCAUAGCUCUGAUAGAAAUGAACAGAAUGCACUCCCGGUCUCCUAUACUACUGAAAUGAAACCAGGAAGAGUAGAGCUCUCUUGCUUCAGUUCUGGUGUAAUUAUGUCAUGUGUGCAUUUCCCAUUCUCCUUUGCUGAAAACAAUUGGGUUCGAUCUUACCAGCUUUCUCACUGGUGCAAGAGGGAAGAUGGGGAAUGGGGAGUCUCUCUGGGUUCCACUCCUUGCUGCAGCUCUGUCCUGCCUCCCUGAUAACCAGCAAACCCUUUUCAGGGGUGAAAGGGUCCCCUCAUUCCAUCUGCAUCACUAUUUCUGUGACCUCCUCAGAUAUAUUCUGCCCUUAAGGGUUGACACAUUUCAGCAGUAAAUGAUGUUAGAUCUAUUAAAAUAAUUUAGUAUGGCUUUGUUCAAUGUUACACUUUUAAUGCAUUGUUUAUAAUAUUGCCUCACUUGCUUGCCCUGUGUCUUGUGUGCAUAAUGUUAGCUUAUAGUGAAUAGAUCAAAUUCAGUCCAGG